AUGGGUAAACAGGAAUUUAAUCACUUUCCGUUGCAACAACAAAAAGUUAUACUAGAACACUUGAAAAUAACUAAACAUUCAACUCCUUCAAAGAACUAUUCUCAUGUGCCAUGUAAAUUUUUCAAACAAGGUAAUUGCCAAGCUGGGGAUCAUUGUCCUUUCUCACAUGAAUUGAAAGUUAUUAACUCAGCAAAUUCAAUUCCUUGUAAAUAUUACCAAAAAGGUAAUUGUAAGUUCGGUUCCAAUUGUGCCAAUUUACAUAUUGACCCUCCAUCACAAGAAAACCAGAAAUCUUUCUCAACCUCUAGUCAAAAGAUUAGUCCAAAAAUGUCAGAUUCAUUAUUGUAUGGAUCUACUGGUUUGGAUGAGUUCGAUGAGUUCGAAGAAUAUUAUAUCCCUUCUGAAUGCUCUGAUUUAUUGACACCUGAAGAAUUGAAACGCAGGAAGUCAAGAUCGUAUUCUUCUUCAAGUGUUUCUUCAAAUUCUUCAUAUAUUUCGAAUAACAAUUUUUCACCUCCUUCUUCUGUUUCUUCUUCAACAUUAACGUCAUCACCAUCAUAUUCCUAUUCUUCGAAAUUCCUAACUACCUUCCCUACAAAAUAUUACCCUUCUACUAAUCAAUUUAAUUGUGAAGCAACUCCUAUGACUCCAAAUUGGAACCAACAAAUUCCACCUCAAUUCCAAACCUAUAAGUUGGGUCAACAGAAGCCAAGCUUCCAACAAUCCAUGCUAGAAGAACGUCUGGUACGUCGUUUGGACGGUAAUGAUUUAACGAGGUAUAGAAUUUUAGAGGAAGACGAGGACAGAAUAGAAUCAAGACCAAUGUCGAAUGCAGCGACUCCAAUAAAUAUCCCAAUUCCAGUCCAAAUUUCAAACCAUUAUGAUCACCGUAAUAUACAAGAUACCCAAUUCUUUUUUGAUGACCUGCCUGUGUCACCAUUAAACCAUAGUAAUCGUUAG